CCUUCGAGGCAUUAUGUAGACUCGUAUACCCCAUUCACAUUCAUACAAAUAUCGACUCUAUGUAGGAUAUACAAGCCGUCUGUACAGCGUGGAUGCCCGCCCUCAAACGGUUUGCUUCGUUGCAGAGCGCGCCGAAGAUCAAGUCCUCCUUGUCCAACAGAUUCAGAACAGCAUUCCGACUCGUACUCAGCCACUUGUGACGCCUUGGAGGAACGUCCCUUCUUGAUACGCCAUCCCGAUCGAUGUCUCUGAAAG